AGAGGUGGGAGCCGCCGGCGCCAGGCGCGCAUGCGCGAGCGCUGUCCUUCGGGGCGGCGUGGGGGAGGGACGCCGCUGCCGCCGGAGGGAGCAAUAUGGCGUGCGCCGCCGCAACGCGGGGCGGCGGGAGCCCCUUCUCUUCGGACCGGCACGCCCGCCUCCUCCUGGCCCAGAUCAACCGGCUGCGGGGCGGGCAGAGCUUCUGCGACGUGCGGCUGGAGGUGGGCCCGGAGGCGUUCGCCGUGCACCGCCUGGUGCUGGCGGCUAGCAGCCCCUACUUCGCGGCGCUCUUCGCGGGGGGCAUGAAGGAGUCCGGCCGCGACGUGGUGCGGAUCGCGGGCGUCGAGGCGGGCACCUUCCACACGCUCCUCGACUUCAUUUACACAGGAGUGGUGAGCAUCGGGGAGCACAACGUUCAGGAGCUGAUAGUCGCCGCGGACAUGCUGCAGCUCACUGAGGUCGUGGAGCUCUGUUGCGAGUUCCUGAAGGGACAGAUCGACCCCUUGAACUGCAUCGGCCUCUUCCAGUUCUCCGAGCAAAUUGCCUGCCAUGACUUGUUGGAGUUCACCGAGAGCUACAUCCAUGCUCACUUCCUGGAAGUGCAGAGCGGGGAGGAGUUCCUGGCACUAACAAAAGAGCAGCUGGUUAAGAUCCUGCGAAGUGAGGACCUAAGCAUAGAGGAUGAGUACCAGGUUUUUACAGCUGCAAUGCAAUGGAUUCUGAAGGAUCCGGGAAAAAGAAAGAAACAUGUAGUAGAAGUAUUGGAGCCUGUUCGAUUCCCUCUGUUACCAGCACAAAGACUCUUAAAAUACAUAGAAGGUGUUCCAGAUUUCAGCCUUCGAGUGGCCUUGCAAACUCUGUUGAAAGAAUACUGUGAAGUCUGUAAAUCUCCCAAAGAGAACAAGGUCAGCAGUUUUCUGCAAGCUUCUAAAGCUCGUCCCCGGAGGAAAGCCAGGAAGUACCUUUAUGCAGUAGGUGGAUACACCCGAUUACAAGGAGGACGCUGGAGUGACAGCAGAGCCCUCAGCUGUGUGGAGCGGUUUGACACCUUCAGCCACUACUGGACCACAGUGUCUUCUCUCCACCAGGCCCGGAGUGGGCUGGGUGUGGCUGUUGUGGGAGGAAUGGUCUAUGCCAUUGGAGGUGAAAAGGACUCGAUGAUUUUUGACUGUACCGAAUGUUAUGAUCCUGUUACAAAGCAGUGGGCUGCUGUGGCUUCCAUGAACCAUCCCCGCUGUGGACUGGGAGUGUGCACAUGUUACGGUGCUAUUUAUGCUUUGGGAGGCUGGGUUGGUGCAGAGAUUGGCAACACAAUUGAAAGAUUUGAUCCUGAAGAGAAUAGUUGGGAUGUGGUGGGAAGCAUGGCUGUGCCCCGGUACUGCUUUGGGUGUUGUGAAAUGCAAGGUUUGAUAUAUGUUGUUGGCGGUAUCAGCAAUGAAGGAGUAGAGUUACGUUCUUUUGAAGUCUAUGAUCCAAUAUCUAAACGUUGGUCUGAGCUUCCUCCAAUGGGAACCCGAAGAGCAUACCUUGGUGUAGCUGCUCUCAACGAUUGUAUUUAUGCUGUGGGAGGCUGGAAUGAAUCUCAGGAUGCACUUGCCACUGUAGAAAGAUACUCCUUUGAUGAGGAAAAGUGGGUUGAAGUUGCAUCAAUGAAGAUACCAAGAGCUGGUGUCUGUGUUGUGGCUGUGAAUGGAUUUCUUUAUGCCUCGGGAGGCCGUGCUCCCAGUCAUGAUUUUGCUGCUCCAGUAACCUCUGACUCUGUUGAAGUGUAUAACCCUCAUAUGGACAGUUGGACUGAAAUUGCCAACAUGAUCACCAGCCGCUGUGAAGGAGGUGUAGCUGUGCUGUAAGAAACAAAGAAGGAAACUCCCCUAAGGAAAGAGGCCAAAGGAAGUACUCCUCUCAGGACCCCUUCACAGAACUGCCAUGGCUGAGUAAGAGAGAAUAAAAGAAUUGUUUUAAAUCACAAACUCAAUUUUACUUCCGUUGUAUUUGGAGAGUACAGAAAUACAUCACUGUUUCAGGGAUAGGAUGCUGUUAACAUGUCAAUUUGCAAGUCUGAGGCUUAUGUAUGUAUGUGUUUCCUCACAUAAGAGGAAGAUGGCUCCAUCUUUAAGAUAGGCAGUUGUCUUUUUUUAAAAAAAAAAAAAAAAAAAACCUCCUGUUCUUUGCAGAAUGAACAGAUACCAAGUUUAAGCUACAGUAGGUGGUUUGUUCUUUAUUGAACACAUAUGGAGAGUAGUCCUUGGAGGGAACCAUGAGGAUUACCUAAAUUGGUGCUAAGUAUGUGUCUGGAUGUAAUGUUUUGGCUUUCUUCUUGCAUCUCAGUGUCCUUAAACAAUACUUAAGAUGAAAAACCUACAGUAAACAUACACACAUGCAACUUCUUAGGUUUCUUGAGGCAGCUGAAGUAAAAAAACCCAUGACUUGCUCUUCCUUUCACAGUAUGUGGGGGAAGAAGCUACAACGAAAAUGUGAAGAGAUUACACUUUUUGCAGUGUUUUCAACAGUUGACCCCCCAUGGUGGGUUUGCAGGACAUGAAGUCUGUUUCUGUCUAUCCUACGUGCUCAAAUUCACCUACUGCAUUGAGGAGGGAGAGGGUGCAAACUCCUUUCAAGUCCCAUUAUCUGGUCCCUUAGUGCCCGAGACUGAGUCCUUGUGUCAUAUCAUACCAAGCAUCAUUUGAUAGUACUUUCCUUUAGAAAUGUGAUAGUUCCUUGUGGCUAUGUUUCAUGCAGCUUCCUUGGCUAGGUGACCCUAAGUCUGAACAAAAUCUAGAAAUGGCUGAAUCAGAUAAUAUUUUUAUUUAAACAAGUCUAUGCAGGAAGCUAAUCUUUUUGUCUCUGGUGGCACUUUAUGGAAGAUACAAAUUUAAGCUUUCUCUUCUAGCUUUCUAUACUUCAUCACAAUUGCUGGAGAAACUACCUAAGGUAAAUACUGACCUUUACUUGUCACUGCAAACAACCUUUGCCCUUGGCUAGUUGCUGGAAACAAACUUUGCCUUGCCUUGCCUUGCCUUGCCUUGCCUUGCCUCUCCUUUGUUACCUGACUAGUGCUUCAUUGCAUAGCACUUUCAGCAUCUUCUCGGCUGAAAUGAGGCAAAGUUUUGUCUUAUUUUGCAUUUCUAUAAAAUAGCAACUGAUUCUGUAUGUGCUUCUCUUCCGUUUUCCUAAAUAAUAAACUGCACUGGAGACAGACAUGUCUUCUCAGGGAGCAAGAGUUGUUUCACCUUGCUUUCACCUUCCUUUAGAACUUGCUCUAAAGGCUACCUGAUAGCUACACAAUUAGUAUGGCUACAUGAUUGUUCUACCUAAUGCAGAACAUUAUCACAUACUACAGUUACGCCAGAUACUUCAAUAAUUCAAUAAAGCAAUUCAUACUCUUGUCAGAUGAAUCUCCAUUUUAUAAUCAUAAGGCAGUGACAUCUUACCUCCUUCAAGAGUGAUGCUUUAUUCUACAGGUAAGGCCAGAUUCAUGCCUGCCUUCAAAGUGAUCAGUAUUUACAAUUCUUCCCUGCUAAACUUGCUAAGAAGCUGUUUGCUUCUGGUACAAGCAUCUUGAACAUUACUGUCCUAUGACUUCUAAGCACAAACACUUUUGUUUUCCCUGGAACUCAAUACAAAUGGCUUAACAAAUAAAUAUUUUUCCUCUAA